AUGUCGAAUGCUUUGUCAAUGAGACUAUCACCACUUGCUUCCUCCUCCUCAGUAUCACCAUUGAAGAGAAAGGCCAUGUCUGUCACCCAAACUUACUACCUCGCUCACACUGCUCGAGGCAAGCUCUCUUCGGAGGCUGCCCGAUCUGAUCACAACCUUCGACUUCUCGUCGGCCACGCCAACCUCCUCGACUCCUUGAUGCUCGAACUCGCAGAGGCAGAACAAGAGCAAGAGAGCUGGUUCAACCAAUCCGUCAAGAAGGCCACCAAGACCACCGAAGAGCCAAAGCACAUCCAAUGGGCCGACGCCGUCGUCGAAGACCCUGAGGAGGACUGGCAAGCAGAGGACGCCGACUCCUCUGACUCUGAGAGCGAGUACGAUUCCGACGACGACAUGGAGACGGAGACAGUCAGCCGCGUUCAAUCACACUCAGUCAUCUCCUCCGCUGUCGAAGUCGAGGAAGAGUACGAAGAUGACGGAGAGGAGGAUUUCGAGGGUCUGCAAUUACAUCUCACACAAUCACACUCAGCCAACCCACCAGAACUCGACCACGACUCCGACUCUUCAGAAGACGAAUCAAUGCCACCAUCUCCACCAUCCACAUCUCUGCCCACGUUCUCUGAGAAGCAACAAAUCGCUACCACAUCCUACUACUCCAAGCCCACCGCCUCGAUACCUGCAUCGGAGCAACAAGCCUUCUUCGACGAAGGCUUCUACCUCCCACAACGGGCGAAUCCCGGUUUGAUAUCCGCAAUCAGCGUGUAUUAAACAUUUUCGGAUUUUCAACGGGUUUACGAGUUCACGGUUAUGGAACAUCAUCUUAGCGAUUUGAGCGAUCUCAGCGAGCAUUGGGUCAGGCGUUAAGCAACAAAAUACCACUUUUUUUCAUUUUCAUCUUGUAUUUCAUAUAUUGGGAGGGAUCUACAGUACAAAGACUGGCAGAAAUGAAUGGUUCACACCACUCUGGGAGUUGAAGGGAGAAGAUUUCAUUUUCGCAGUCUUGGAAGGAUAGGGAGUGUGCUCCUUGGAUGAUGCCCAAGUCGAGCUACAGACAGCAAAGUAAUAUAUCAUAUCAAAGCAAAUCAAAAAACAAUCUGAAAAACAUU